AUGGGCAACAGCAGCUUGGAGCCUGUAGAGGCAGUGGACAUGGAGCCCACCCAGACGGGAGCCAGGGAAGCGGAGCCCACUGCGGAUUCAGCGGGAUCUGCAGGUCGCCCAGGCCUGGAGCCGCCGAGAGUGGACCCGCCAAUAAGGCGGAGGAAGAGGAAAAAGGGUCCUUGCCCAGAGGCAUCAGCAGCCAAGGCGAAGGCCACCUCCGCGGAAGCAGCGGCCGAAGCGCCGCUACCACCUCCGACCGUGGAAGAAGCAGCGGCCAAAGCGCCGGCACCACCACCUCCGGCACUUGCUCUUCUGCCACCAGAAGUUCCCAUGCUGGGGGUGGACGCCGAGGAAGUUCCGCCCCAGGAGGAGUCGGAGGACGAGCCCCAGAUCACGGGCGUUCGAACUGUCGGACCGACAGUGUGGACUAUCCCUUCGGGGGCACCAUACUUCAUCCGCAUGGUGGACGACCCAGAGACGAAGCAUCGGAAGCCAGAAUACUGGUACAGAUGCAAAGUCUGCCAGAAGUGGUUAGACGUUGCCCACCUGCAGGGCCAGACGCACAGCACGAACAUGCAGGCCUACAUGCAGGAAGGGAACCCCCACUUGACGGCCGAGCACCCGUUGGAGGCAAUUCCUCGCAACUACAGGGAAGCCUGUAUAGAGGGAUAUGCCGACCUGGGCCUUCACAGGAUUGCGGGCGAGUUCCGCAGGAUCGUGGAGGCGGAGAGGCGCCGGACCGAGCCGAAAGCCAAAUCCCGGCCGAAGUCGCCACAGGCGAAGGCGAGACCGGCAGAGCCAAAGAAGGCGAAAGCCAAGUCUCGGCCGAAGUCGCCGCAGGCGAAGGCGAGACCGGCAGAGUCAAAGAAGGCGAAAGCACCCGCCACGGCGAAGAAGACCAAAGCUCCAGCCGCAGCUACAGUGGAGAAGGCCGAGGCCCCGGAGCCUCCAGUAAAGAGAGCACCGGAAGCUUUCAGGCGCAGCGGUGUUUGGUUGGAGGAGAAUCCGCCCCCGGAGCCUGCAGCGGAGGUUGGCCCAGCAGCAGCCCGUCCGGACUCGGCA